AUGGGUGCACAUAAAAGCAAACAUUCAAAGAAAGACGGAGAGGAUGAUAUCAACCAGAUAGAGAAUAAUAAUACCUCAUACGGAAAUUCCAAUAACUCGACAUCAUCAGAAGAGGAUGUCUUUUCGAUUCCAUUACCUCCAUUGGAUGAAAUGAAGAAAAUUGUUGAACAGAAAUUAUUGACAAACGAAAUUUAUAGUGCUAAAUUGAAAUCAAACCGAGCACUUCUAGAGAAGUUCAGAGAUGCUCUAUGUGUCAAGGAGGAAUUGAUUAAAACAUAUUUGUCAACCGAUUGGGCAGAAACCAAAAAGCUCACAAUGGACAUGAUGGGUCAAGUGAGUGAUCAGUCAAGCGGGUCCGCAUUAAAAAGUACAGUGAGUAACAAUCUAGCCAGUACAGAUGUAGGAACAGUGGUCAACAGGGAGGAAGAAGAUGACAACGAAUUGGAUAUAUUAGAUGAAGAAAAUAAUCCAGAUGUUGUCAACAUGAAGAAUGCCAAGAUCAAAAUCAAAUUUAUUGUUUCUGAAGUAUCCCACACAAAAGGAAAAAGAGCUAUUAGAAGAUUACUCUCUCCUGUUGUGUCUGCUUUCGAUGAUACGUUCCCAGAGCUUGGAAUGUUUCACAGUGCUCUGUUGAUUGGACCUUGGAAAUUAGAAUAUAACAACAGUGCUUUGGUUGUUCCAAGAAAAUGUGUCAGUACUGCUUCCUUAAUUACUGCUGACUUGGGAUCCAUAGUGCUUGAUGAUAGCCUUGAUGUUUUGGUUUCUAAAUUAGCUGAUGUUAUUAUCCGAUGGAAUACAAUCAUGUUUUACAAAGACCAUGGAGGAACUGGAAGAUAUGGUAAUUGUCAAGACUUUGUUGACUCUGUUCUGAAGGCCAUUGGUGUUAGCAAGGACAAGCUUUAUCAAGGUCCAAUGGCUGAAUUCUUAAAGGACAUGAGAUCCAAGGGUAAAUGUGAUCUCGUUUUCAAGAUGGAUUCUGCUUUUAGAAAGAAAUUUAACAGAACUGAGACAGAAAUAGUUUUUAAAACCCAUUUAGCAUUGGACACAUUCGUGUCAGAGUUAAUGGAAAUUGACGAAGACUUCCAGAAAAAUCAUCCUCUGGAGUAUAACUUCUUAAAGAGCUUUGACAGAUCUUUCUGGCUAAAGCAUUUUAGGUUCCCAGAUGACCCUAACCACAAACCACUUCACAAAGAAGAAACAGAUGACGAAUCAAUGACAGUGCAAGUUCCUUGCUGUCCAUUCAAGGAUCCUCGAGAAACCUACUCACUUAUAUUAAAUUAA